AUGGUGCAGCCACUCUGGGAGGCCGCCGGGCAGCUCCUCCAGAAGCUGGACGCAGUAGUCACCUGCGAUCCUGUGGCCCAGCGAGUCCACCUAGCGCUGCAGGAGCAGCUGUCCCGGCUGAGACAGCAGGACGCUGGUCUGAAGACCCACUUGGACCAGCUGGACCAGCAGAUUAGCGCGCUGCAGCUGGGAGUGUGCCGGUCGGCGGGCGAGGCCCCGGACAGCGACAGCAGGCCCAGCUCAGGAUUUUACGAGCUGAGUGACGCUGGCUCCUGCUCCCUGUCCACCUCGUGCGCCUCUGUCUGCAGUGACCACAUCUCCCCUUCCCUGGGCAGUUUGCUGCCUGUGGCCCAGCCCCCCAAGGCCAGGCCCAGCACGGGGGACUGGCGACCCCGGUCAGCUGAUGAGACCACUGUGCCAGCGUGGAGACCCCAGGCCAGUGAGGAGGGCAGCAGGCCCCUGGGCAGCAUAGUGGAUGCAGGCUGGACGCGGGGCACGUUCAGGCCCAGGCCGGUGUCUACAGGUGACCUGGACAGAGUCCUGCCAGCCGAUACAGAGCUCCAGCCCACCUCCUUCCUCAGCCAAGGAACAGACACCCUGUCCUAUGUGCUCGACCCCAAGUAUCAGCGUGACCUGGUGUCCAAGGGUGGCAGGGAGGUGUACCCGUACCCCAGUCCCCUGCACGCCGUGGCUUUGCAGAGCCCCCUGUUUGCUCUGACUAAGGAGGCACCACACAGUGAUGGCCCCUCGCCCCCCAGGAAACCCCUUCUGGGCCCCACAGGUCUCAGCAGGAUCCAUAUGGGAUCGGUCCUUGAGACUGGCCCCGCCAGAGCUUAUAUUGACAGGCUGCUGCAUCUGCGGAGCCAAGGGAUGCCCCCAAAAGGCAGUGUGGGUGAGCAGGGACCCCCAAGAUGUGAGGCACCCCCAUCCCCACCAAAGCAGGGUGUCCAGAGAAUGGACAGUGGUGGUCAACUUGAGAAGCUGGUUUGCACCCCAGAAAGAGAGGGCCUGGGAGGGACAGCUCAGAGGAGGGACACCAGGGGGGACAGCCCAGAGCAGCAGGGACCUGUGCCCCUCAUGGGCACCCAGCACCCCAGCAGCCUUCCAGGGAAGGGGCCUCAGCCCUCUCCCUGUUCCCAGGCCCAGUUGCCGACUUGUGACUGUGGGAGAGGCAAAGUUGUGUCGCCACUCAGGAGGACAGACAACGGGAGCCCCCCUCUGGCCUCAGGUCACUUUGUCCUCCUGCCCUUUGCUGCCAGGGAAGCUUCCCCAGUGAGGCUGAGAACAGGCCACCCCAAGACAAAGGCUAUGAGAACCAAGAGGAGGGCCAGCGACAAGGUGCUGAGGUUUGGGAAGCAGCCACUGCCACUGGCACCAGAGAGACAGAGGGGUGCCCGUAUAGCCCUCCAGCUGGCCCCUGAGUGGGUCCCUUCCCACAGGCCCCAGGUGGGAGGCGGGCUCAGGAGGAGGCCCACCCUGGCCGGGGUGGCUCCUGGGCGGUCCUGCUCUGAGUCCACCCUCUACCCCGUGCCCUUCUUCGUCCCCCUGGUGGUGGCCCGGCAGGACAGUUGCCAGGCAUCAGCACAAGCCCUGUUCCCCUUUGGACCAGCCGUCCUGAGCCCGGCAGCUGGGAAGCAGCAGCGCAGGUGGCAGUCCGCCGUGGAGAUCUCCGCCAGGGCCCGCCCGCCCGGCCGCCCUGAUCCCCCGGCCCGCAGCGCAGGUGGCCCGCAAGCCCCGAGCCAGCGGAUGCUGGUGCGCCAGGACGCCUGCACCGGGAGCGAGUCGGGGUGCUCGGAGCGCUCGGCCCUGGCUGAGAGCAGCGAGGACGAGGCCAGCGACCACACCGCCAACCGCUUCGGGGACCAGGAGUCCAGUGGCUCCAGCUCCGAGGGCGCCGUCCAGGGUGGCGGUGUGGGCCCCAGGGAGCUGGCCUGGCCCGGAGCAGUCCCCCGGCAGCCUAUGAGGGCCCCCGCUGGCCCGCGGCCACCCCUGCCCCCCGUGCCCAAACUGUGCCGCAUCAAGGCCUCCAAGGCACUAAAGAAGAAGAUCCGCAGGUUCCAGCCGGCAGCCCUGAAGGUCAUGACCAUGGUGUGAAC